GGUCUAUUUCUUUUGAUCAACGAGGGGAAGCUGUUUUUUCUCAAAUAACGUGCUUAUAGUAAUAUUAUGCGCCUGUAUCCAAGUUGUAUAGGCUUGAAUUAGUAUAUAUAUUUUGUUUAUAGUUACUACAUAAGCUUUUAAAGCAAUUUUUUUUUCACACAGUUUUCUUGCGCGGAAGAGAGCUGUUGCUCGGCGGAGCGUUUCCCGCCAAUUUGCCGGACUAUAUUUUUUUUCACACGAGUGCGGGGUGCGUAUGCAUAUCAGUGGUUGACUGUGAGUGUGGUCGUGCGUGUGUGUGUGGUUAACAAACUUUGUGUUCGAACAAACCAUCUUUCAUCAUGGGGCUUUCAAGUGAAGGUGAUCAAGAGGUCAGGGCUUGUUUUCAAGAAGUUUGCUCCAGCCUAAACAUGGAUCGCCUCACAUCUGAUCAAGCUUUGAACACGUACGAGAACAUCAGCAUGAACUACACUCUUGAGGGUAACAUGCGACAUUGGAUAGCUUGUGCGCUCUAUGUGGAGUGCAGGAAUGGGAAUGUGCCCACAGUAGCCCACACAUCACGCAUCGAAGGCAACUGUGUUUCCCUCACCAGGCUGCUCACCGUAUGCAGAAUUAGCUUGCUUGAUUUUUUCACGAAGAUGAAAAAGUGGGCAGACAUGGCUAACUUGAAUGAGCGCAUGCGGCAACGCAUUGAAACUAUCGAAAAGAGCUUCUGUGUCACAGCAAAAAUUUAUGAGAAAUAUGUCCAGAUCUUCACCAGUGUAUUUAAGGAGCACCAAACCACGGCUCAGCGUCGUUCCAUCAAGGCUGUGAAGCGGAGGAGUCAUAGGCCUACUCAAUGCAGUUCUAAUGACAUGUUUAAUUUCAUCUGGACACUGUAUGUGUACAUCAAAGGUCGAUUCUCGGCCAUCUGCUGUGAUCUUGUCAACUGCUACCACCUCUUGUUGUGUUGUAUUGACUAUGGCUAUUGUGCAGCUUUGGCUGCAAAGCGUACAGACCUCUUCGACCCUAAGUUUUACGAAGCACAGCAAGAUAAGCUAAAGAGAGAUAGUGACAAUCAGGAUGUUGGAAUCAUACGAGAGCUCGUGAAAAGCCAUGAUGGCAACUUUGAAGAUGCUUCCGUCCUCAAGGCCCACCACUUCAGGCACCCCAUUCAGCAGCUUAUGGAAGAAAAGAUUUUGCACGGUGACUUGAAGACUCUGGCAUUGUGUCUUGAUCCAGUAGCCUUUGACGCUAGCAUCAAAAAGCUCAACAAGACCUAUGAAGAAGGUGUCCUGAAGGAAGGUGAACUAGACGAACGGAUAUUUCUUGAUGAAAAUUCACAGGACCGUAUUGGUACACCACGACAUACUUUGGACUCUGUGCAGCGAGAGCUGCGAAUGUGCAAAGCUGCCACUGUAGUCAAGCAUGUGGAGGUUCCCCAGCUCCUGACACCCUUGACGGGCCGCAGCAAUUUGCACAAUCGCGAGGCCAUCAAUCGGAGCCCAGUGUCAACUGCUACUCAGUGUGCAAGCAAGUUGCAGGCUCUCUUGGCUGGCUGCAAGAAUUCACCUAGCAAAGAGCUACAGGCUCUGUUCAGCACACUUGAUUCUUCUCUGGAAGCCACUGUGUUGGAGACUGUGAAAUCAAUGGGGGAUGCCUUCUGUACUGCAUACGCCCAGCCUGCAUCUGACCAGAGAGGUAGCAGUGCCCACAUCGACUUCGCUCGAAAACGGCUGCAGUUAGGAGAGACAUUGUUCUACAAGGCACUGGAGAAUAUUGUCAACAUUGAAAUGAAACAGAAAAGGCCCAAUACAGACCUUGCGGCACACCUAAGUCACAGCGUCUUCCAGCAGUCACUUUUUGCAUGCUGCUUGGAGAUUGUGAUGUUCUGCUACAACUCACAACGAGAUUUUCCAUGGAUUUUGGAAGUCUUCAAUUUGAUGCCUUACAACUUCUACAAGAUCAUUGAGCCUUUAAUCCGGGCCGAAGAGGGCUUGUGGCGAGAAGUGGUGAAGCACCUUAAUCAUAUCGAGGAGCAAAUCCUGGAGUGUCUAUCUUGGAAAGAUGAGUCACCUCUGUGGGAUGCUAUUGAGCAUUCUGAACAGCCCAUACCUAUGUGCAAAGAGGUAUUGCUUCAGCGGCAGAUCGAGACGUUCCAGGAGGCUGAUGUAAAUGAUAUUGGUGAACCACGUACUCCUGUUGCCCAUUUGCCACUGAAAGUUCUCAGAGCGGACCAGGAUAUCUCCCUAUCAAAUAGGAAGGACGUGCCUCUUUCACCUGUGUCGGUGGCGGAGCGGUUCCAGUCUCCCGGCAGUGCAGUGCGUCGCAGGCUAUUUGCACCCAACAGCACAGGAGGUGGUGCUAGCGCCCCCUUACAACAGAGUCCCCGGGUGGAGUCGGGUGCCACGGGCCAGACGCGCACCGUGUCCAUCACGGUGCAGCCGACCCAAGAGCAGCACAAUCUUGACCUAGCACAUGGCUUAGUGUUAGAUGGCAUCAGUUCAGAGGAGCCUCACAAAAUUUUAUAUUUGAAAGUUCUUCAGGUGGCUCACUGCACAACCCGCGAAACCACUUUGCACUCUCCGGGGAUACCAGGGGCAACCGUGCCUGUCCACCUUUGCCAUCCCACAAAAGUCCUUCUCAGAAUGGCAGGAGGGAGUGGCACGGAGUAUUUUCCUGUUCAAGCUGGCUCUACCACCAGGUAUGUUACUGUAGAUAGCAAGACUGCUGCAGCAUCAGAUGGCACCAGGCCAAACAUCGUAGUGGUGACAUCGGUACCUGAAAUCCCCAAAGAAAACAAGCCACUUCGUUCUGGUUCUCUGGCACUCUUUUUUCGAAAGGUUUACCACUUGGCAGGCGUGCGUUUUCAAGACCUCUGUGCAAGGCUGGGAAUCCUGCAGAAGGACAUACAGCUCAAAAUAUGGACAUGCUUCGAGCAUUCUAUUGUCUCCCACAUUGAUCUCAUGAGGGACCGACAUUUGGACCAGCUUAUUUUGUGUGCAGUCUAUGUCAUCACUAAGGUGACCCGGGUUGAGAAGAGCUUUCAAGAAAUUCUGCACUGUUAUCGGCAACAGCCUCAGAACAAAAGCCAUGUGUAUCGCAGUGUACUGUUGCGAAAAAAUGCAACGCAUAGUGACAACAGCAGUCGCACUGGUUCUAACUCCAGUUCACCUGUUCCAGUUGACAAAGAUGAUGGAGAUAACAAAAGGACGGAACAAUUGAGCUCCACACGGUCAUCCAGCACUCUUCCCAUGAUGCUUCCCAACAGUCAGCCUCCAACUCCAACUCGCUUGGCCGGCACUGCAACACAGUUUGAGUUUGAUGAACGGGGUGACAUCAUAAAGUUUUACAACGAAGUAUACAGGAAAAGAAUGACAACAUUUGCUAUCAAAUUCUCUCCAGAUUCAAGCAAGAAUGAAAAUGUUGGCUUGACGCCAUUGCCUCGAACGAAAUGUGUGGUCAACUCACCACGACGGCAGGUGUCGCACAACAGAAAAGUUUUUGUGUCACCACUCAAAGCUGGUUCCUAUCCUGUGUCACCCAAGCACCAUACUUAUCACUUUAGCCAAAGUCCAGCCAAGGAUCUGCGUGUCAUCAACCGUAUGGUUCAGAGCACUGAGAAUGUGAGCAAGCGUAUCUUGCAGGAGGAUGAUAUUUCGGAAGAUGAGUCUCCUGCGACAAAGCGAGGUUUCUUCAAGAAGAUUCAAACGGUCAUGAUGGAGCGCCAGGACAUCUGUGGUGAAGGCAGCAGCGCAGACAACUGAGGGGAGGUGUUAAUUGGAAGUUCAGCUGUCCACCAUUGCAUAUUUAAUACAUGUCAUUUUCAUUUUCUGCUGGUCUGACAUCCUUCAUCUGUGUUCUCGAUCACUGUUGCUGUAAUUUUCAUAUUUGGGGGCUGCACCAACUGCAUUUGCUGGGGCAAAUGAGAGGCUGGAAAGCAAAGCUGUCGGUCUUGUUGUGUGAGCAGAUUUUAUAUAUUUUUGCAUCUUAGUGGCCUUCCCAGGAGGAAGUGUAGUAUAUUUCGGUCUGUAUUUUUUUCCCAUAGCUCUUCAGAAACAAAAGCUCUGUUUGCUUGAAAUUCUCCAGCACUAAACACAUCACAGUUUGUGUAGUGCAUCUGCAUUUACCGCUUGUUACCACACAAAUGCCUCAUUGCCCUACUGGUGCAAGUUCUUACUGCUCAUGUUUCUUGUGGUUGAUAUUUCACAUUUGUCGUGUGAGCUUAUACUAUAGUUCAUUGUUGUCUUUUCUCUCCGAAUCUGUCAUGGCAUUCUAUGUUUGGGUCUCCAAGAGACUGAGUCAUUAACCAGUAUGAGAAAGUGACGGAAUAUUUUAUGCUCAUUUAAGUUUAAAAACUUCAUAGUGUUUUUAUUCUAAACUGGAAAACUGUUUUCAGGACAUAUGGCUUAUUUACUUUAAUUUACCAUUUAAUAAUAUCUUAAAGCCUUUGUUUGUUUUGUUUUUAUCCUUGCAAGCGUGCCACUAUGUUCGUCCUGUCGUGUCAACAACAAAUAUUUGUCUCAGUCUCAUGCACUGGAAUGUUUCUCCUGAAGCAUUUAUUCAUCUUUAAGUUGUGUGUUAGCAUGUAAGCUAUGAGUGCUCAGAUAACUAACAAAACAUUUUUAGACGGGAAAAUAUGCAUGGCUGGUCAUAUUAUAUUGCAUGUUUCACCCUUUCGGCCCUGGCGGUGUCAAUUGACACCACAUAACAUUUCCCCUAGUAUCUCAGAAACGUAAUCAAAUACUAUUCAUUUUUGGGGGCCUAGUUCCUCAAUGAUCCCCACUGCAAUUGACGCCAAUAUUGCAGCACUUUAUGAAGGUAGCAGCCACAAAGAAGAAGAUGCGGGACCGAGGUCUUCCGUGAAGCCGAGACGCGUAAGUUGCGGCGGGUAAGCGCCAUUUUCGGGACGACGUACCGAAGCUGUUUCAGUGAGUAUUAGGCUGAAAAGUAAGACGUUGGUUUCCGAUUUGUGUACAGCAUUGAUUGGCAAAAAAUAAGAAGCCAUUUUUUUCGUUUUCCAGUCACUGGGCCGUAAUCACCUAAUUUGAUGACACGUUAAUUAAUCCAAAGAUGCUUGUACCAGUGGCUCAAUUUUUCGUUUGUGGUCUUCGGAGGUCCUAACUACGAGAAAAACGCGCAUAAAAAGUGUAUCCGACCAAAAUAAAAAAUACAGGGCUGAAAGGGUUAACAUAAAUUCUGUUUUCCACUUGUUCUGAUUGAUUAUUACAUGCCACCACAUCUUUUAAGCACAUGUAGUUGUGUAAAAAAAAAAUAGCUUGCGUUGUGCCUUUUUGCUUAUGUGUAAAUACGUGUCCAAUAAACACUGCUGGUUCCUCUGUCCUUACUGUACAGUGCUGGAAUGCUCUUUUUUUUAUUAAAAAAAGAUAUUCUUCUUUAGAAGAUCUUGUGUAUGCUUUUUUUUGUUAUUGUUAUUAUUAUUCAAAACUAUUACAUUAUUAUACUUGGUGUCCCCACUACGCUUCAGUACUGUCGAAGCUACGGGGUAUAAGCAAGCCGCAUGCUUGCUAAGAAAAACAUAGUUCCAAAUAUAAUUGUCUUGCAGUAGGCAAGGUUGAGGCAUUUGGCCUUUUUUAGCAUCUGCUGCUUCACAUCAAUAACUAAUAUGUUCAUUCUUCAUGAUAUUUACAUUGUGUUUCUAUAAUGCUGUAUUAGUAACCGUCGAUAACUGUGGUUAAAAAUCAAGAUGGCAGUGCCCAUGCAGACUUGACCGCCCGCUUCAAUCUAAGCGUGGCUUUGACGAUCACCAGAGCGGCCACAAAAGCAAAUGAAUGGUGUAAUUAGCUAUUGCUUUGUGCCAUCUCACUACCAGGACAAAAUAUCAAGUAGGCUUUAUUGUUACUGGCGACAUAGGCUGUUUCUUUAGCCAUGCCUUCUAAGCCUAAUGCACUGAGAAUUUGAUAGCGGUUCAUGGAAAUAACUUGGUUUAGUCACGAAUGUAUUGCUGCCAAGGCGCCAAAACAUAAAUCUAAAUGCCAAAACAUAAUCUAAACAAGCGCCAGUCUGGAACUUGCAGGGCACACAGCGCACUACGACGAGGUGCUAGGAGUGCACCAGCGACAUUGUGUGCAGCCGUGUUCUGUUCUUUUGACGCUGUCGUUUGCUCGCAAAACUUGUGAACACAGACAACAGGGGAACGCUUAGCAGACGAGCUGCGGAUGAAUACUCGGGGGAGGGGCCUGUUGGCUAUGGGGCCCUGCAGGCUUUGCAGUGCUGAAGGGAACUUCAUAGGUAGAGUAUAGUUACUGAACUUUGCAUUUGAAAUUUUGCUGAGAAACUACUAGUCCACAGCUUGCACUUGUGGAGUUUUAGGUUCAUGUCAUGCAUAAUUGGUCAGGUUUUGGUCUAGAAAACUUCUUUAAUUGCGCUAUAGUCAUUUACGUUACCUAAGAAAAACUAAGCUCUGCCCACAGAACUGUGGCGUGCCUGCCGUUCACCUGUGAAAAGCAGUUGUGCUAGCCGAUUUCUACUUGAACCGUAAGUACUUUUUCGCGACUAAUGUUAAUACUGUACUACUUAUAUAAGAGUUGAGGGUUUGUUGUUACUACCAUCACAUUUGGCUGAGCAGUGAUGGUGAAAUCUCACAAAAUUUACUACCUAAAACCAGUAAUAACACAAAUGUGUGUCUGUAUGGAAGUCAACUAUCUGAAACACUUGAAAAAUGCUUGAUCUGGCAAAAAUGAGAAAGCACUGUUGGACAAAGCAUAUAUGCAGCUGACAUUUUUCAGUAUGUUGUAGUAUACUAUAGUAUAUAUAAACUUGUAUAUUGAAAAUUCCUAAAACCAUUGUUGCCACUGGGGUUCUAUGUCUGGUUUUUACCUGCUGUUGUCUUUAUUUAUCAUACCCCUGUGCAUACAGUGUUUUUUCUGUCUCACAAACAAUUGACCUUUUGCAGAAAUUUGCAAGGCAACUUUCCUGCAAGGUUGUUUUCCAACCAAAAGGGGAAAAAAAACUCGUGCCGAGACUGCUUUUCUUGCUCACUAUGCUUUUACCACUCCUAUUCCUGUGAACGCACGCGAGUGCGACAAAAUGACUUUUCCCCCCAACAAUGACUACGUGGUUGCCCCACCUCGAACGGAUCCUCAGAUCGCAUGGCAAGUGGAACACAAAGAAAAGAGUUGGGGAAUGCAGAAACACAUUGAGUAAGAAAAGCAGUCUGGGAACAACUCUUUUUGGUUGGAAAACAACAUUGCAGGAAAUCCAGCCUGGAGAUUUGCACAAAUGAUCAAUCAGGUUUCUAAUGCUUACUUUGUACUUGUGUAUACAUUUUUUUCCUUCGUGUUGCAUGCAAUGCUGUGACUGUUUGGGGCUGCUUGUGGAAUGGUAGAUGCACUCAAGCUUGAACUGUUAAUAGCAGGAGCCUAGCCAGGCGGUAACACACCAAGCAUGUGCCCCCCCUCCCCCUCUGCCUGAAAGUUUGUCCCCCAUGGCAUAGAGAGCGAAAAAUGUCAAUUUUGAAGGUUAACGGGGUGCCCUUCUCAAAAAAAAUUUCUGGCUACGUGCCAGGCUGAUAGACCUGUGUUGCGAUGGUAAAAAGAAGCCCCUAUUGACUUAAGAGCAAACAAAGCUGUUGUGACCUAAUACUGCUGUGCCAUCAGAAGUGCCUGGAAUGCUUUUGAGGUGAUCCCAAGAUUACCCUUUUGUAUAAGCCUAAAAAGUAUGCCUUGUCAGAUGCAGUUGUCACUAGGAACAGGGCAAUUUCUGCUACCUGUGGUCACAUUCCCACAACUCUUACACUCUUGGUUCUUUCAUCGUAAGUAGCCAGUGUUCAUCUGGAUUUCCCUGUAGGCUAGUUAUACCAGUUUGAAAGCAUAUAUAUGUUCAUAAGUAUAAAUAUAUAAUUAUAUGUAUACCCACACAAACACCUUUUUUUUCUCCUGGUUAUGGGCCACUAUUUGGCCAUGCCAGGCUUAGCCUUGUAUCCCAUUUAUUUAGUCCUGUUGUGUCAUUUGACUGCUGAACAUUUUUGUUUCAUUAUCAUUGUUUGCUUGGAAAGUCGUAUGCAAACGGUGAAAAUAAAGAGAAGUGUUGGAUUGUA